AUGUCGAUGGGCGAAGGAUACGAGAAUUAUUACAGCGUCAUAAAGGAAUUCAAUGCAAGACUUGGCGAUGAACUCACAAUACGCCCUGGUGAUACCAUAGAGCUCAUCAGCGAUGACAGCGAAUUUGGAGAUGGAUGGUAUAUGGGACGAAACUUGUCAACCAAUAGAGUUGGGUUAUAUCCAAAGGCAUUUACAAAGUCUGUCAAUGGACUGAGCAAAGGAAAGCCAUCGUUGCUUAGAUCAAGAUCGAGAAGGACACCGUUGAGCAGUCCCGUCGCCGCCACUCCAUCUUCAGGGAUUUCUGAUUUUUCGUCGCUCGGCCAGCAGCCGAAAAUUGGAGAUACCAUUUCUCCUUCUGUUACUGCAGAUGGACAGAAUAAUACAAAAAGCCUAGCAACUACAAGUGCCGAGAUGACGCCAUAUAGUCAAGUCCAUGAUACAACUUUCAACAGGUACAUUUCAGUACACAGGACUUUAAGCGAUAUAGACAAAGCAUUGCAAGAACUGCAAUUCAAUGAAGAGCCUGCCAACAAUGAUAGCCACAAUGUACUUCUUGAUCCAGCAGAGGUGACGAGUUGGACUCCGGAACAGGUCACACAAUAUUUUUCGGACCUGAAUUUUGAUAUCGAAAGCGCGGGUCAAUUUGCUAGGCACAAUAUCAAUGGAGCUAUACUACUUCAACUGGAGCUACCGUACCUUAAGGAACUUGAUAUCACAUCGUUUGGAACUCGUUUUGAGAUUUACAAAGAGAUAGAGGAAUUGAGACUUGCCUCCAAGAAUAAAAAGCACAGCAGGAAAAUGGUAUCUCCUCCUAGUACUCGCUCCAUGAACGACUAUUCUAACGCCGCAUUUCGUACGCAUGCAAGAAAGAGAUCGCAAUCAAUGGAUGAUGUUCUUAGGACAAGCAUUGGCGGAUCAAAAUCAAGCGUUGGAAAUUUCCUGGAUUUCAGACAAUCAACAAAGAGUACUUCUGAGGUUGAGCCGAAGCUGCACAAUUAUAUUGAAACACCAAGCGAUGAUGGCAGUGAACCGGAACAGGAAUUCAGUACACCGGCGGGGCUUUUUGAAUCUCCAAGAAAAGCCCCACAACCGCCUUCCCAUCCAAGUCCACUGGUCAAGGAAAAUUCUCAAGUUUUUCUUGAAACUGAUGGGGGUGAUAGGCCGAAAGGAAAAUACUCACACAGUCGCAACUCUUCCAUUGGAAACACUUCCUCUAUUUACACCGAAAAGAAGCAUUCUCGAAACCCUUCAUCUACCUCUAUUUCCAACGCUUUGCAACAAAAGGGAGCCCAUUUCGGCAGUACUCAUUCUAGAACAAAUUCGGACUUUAACGUUGCACAGAGGGAUGCCUCAUGGCGAUAUAAUGACCAAUAUUUGCAUCCUUAUGCGGCACAAAAGCAAAAAUCAAAAGAUGACCACGAUCGGUUGAUUCAGCCUGCAAACAAGUCUGUACAGAGUCCAGAAACUGGAGUCAAGCCAGAGAAACUUGAUAUUGACAGAAAAACUUCAAAUAGAAGAUCCAUAUCUGCAAAAGAUAUGUCACCAAAUCCCAAAACCAUUGAUCCAAAAAGAGUUACUUCCGCAGCAGCGGCAUCUGCUAGUAACCACUCGAAAAGUUCGGGACUUCGUUCUUUGGGAGGUUUAAGAUCUUCCAAGAUAUCGACCUCAGCAUUCCAAGAGGGUAUCAGAAACAUAUCUCCAGAUGAAGCAAUUCGAACAGCGGACUACUCAGGCUGGAUGAGCAAAAGAGGGAAUUUGUCAAUAGGUUCAUGGAAACAAAGAUAUUUUACACUUCACAAGACUAGGUUGUCGUAUUUUGGCUCACUGAAAGACAGGCGCGAAAAAGGUCUCAUUGAUAUAACCUCUCAUAGAGUUUUACCCGCAGUUGAUACUGAAGACAAACUUAGCACUGUAUACGCAGCAACUACUGGGUCAGGAAGAUAUUGUUUCAAAUUGGUUCCACCGGCCCCAGGUUCAAAGAAAGGGCUUACUUUCACUCAGCAAAAGGUUCAUUACUUUGCUGUCGAAACUAAAGAAGAAAUGAGAGGAUGGAUGGCAGCUCUUAUGAAGGCAACAAUUGAACUCGAUGACUCGGUUCCUGCAAUCUCGUCGUGCGUGACUCCAACAAUUCCACUUCAGAAAGCACAAGAACGAAUGUCUGAAGCAAGAGAAAAUGCGCGUCAAAAUCUCGAAAAGCUGGAAAAGGGUCAAUGCAUUCAAGAUAUGACUACGGAUGAAGACACGUCACUGAAAUCUAAUAACAUGUCAGCCACCCAUACACCUAUCACUCAACCAUCUUCUCAAUCUCAGAAUAUAUCGACAACUCCUACAUCGACAUCUUCUUCUAAUCGCAGGCCUUCAGUCAAGGUUGACACCACAACAGGUCCUCCUGAAUCUGGUGCACUAACUGGCUUUUCAACGCCUUACUUGGUGACCUCGGGGAUCAUGUCUCCUAAUUCGUCGUCCACUUCUGAUCUUAAUUCUCCUGCAUCUGCCAGCUUGAGAACUGCCAAAAACUCAGGUAGGAAAAUUCCAACUGCAUCGACCAAUCCUGUUCCGAUGAUAACAAAGCUUGAUUCACCGCAAGAUGGAAUCGGCUCUUCGUCAACUACUGUCUAA